AUGCCCACACCAGAGCAAAGCUCACCGAGGUCGCCCUUGCGAGCGGCACACAGGCCUACACGUGUGCUGGCCUGCGUUCUGUGUCAACAGCGCAAGUCUGUUGAUCCCGAAGAGGACGAUACUAAUGACAGCGACAAAAGUAACGAGCAUGAUAAAUCUCGCUUUGGUGUCCGUGAGGCCGUCUUCAGAAAGACCUGGGAAGAGCAUUACGAUGGUGGCAGUCAAACCCUUCUGUUUGGUGCACGCAAGUUUGAUGUUAAAGUGUCAACGUUGCACCCAAGUCAGGUCGAGAUCUUCCGACUCUGGCAAAUCUAUCUGGACAAUGUCAAUCCGCUGCUCAAGGUCACACAUACUCCUACAUUGCAAGCACGGAUCAUCGAUGCGGCCGCGGACGUGGGUAAUAUACCACCGACCCUGGAAGCACUCAUGUUUAGCAUCUAUUGCCUCGCCAUUCUCAGUCUGUCAGAAGAGGAGUGCCGGACCCUGUUCGGAUCGUCAAGAGAUGACCUUCUGAAAGGCUACCAAUUUGCCUGCCAGCAAGCCCUCCUGAACUGCGAGGUGCUACAUCCUCGCUCUCUGUCGCCAAUCCUGAGCGUGGCUAUCCGUAUCGCACUGCGCAUGGGUAUCCAUUCCGAGUCCAGCUAUAGCAGAUGUACUAUUCUAGAAGGUGAAAUGCGCCGCAGACUGUGGUGGUCGCUCGUCCUGUUCGAUAAUCGGAUUUGCGAGAUGGCUGACUACAAGGCCACAAAUCUGCUUCCCACCUGGGACUGUAAGAUUCCUCUCAACGUGAACGAUUUUGACCUACAACCAGAGAUGAAGUCCAGGCCGGCCACGCACGGCAAUCCCUCUGAGGCACUGUUCGCUGUCGUGCGCAGCGAGGUGGGCAAUUUCACGCGCCGCAGCUCGUUUCAUCUAGACUUUACCAACCCUGCAUUGAAGACUGUGGCCAAGGAAAAUCCUCUUCCUGCGGCCGGUAGUCUGCCUGCUUUUGAAAGGAUGAUUGAAGAGAAAUAUUUCGCCUCCUGCAACCCAGAGAACCCUCUUCAUUUUAUGACAAUCUGGACAACACGGGGUCAGCUGGCGAAGAAUCGUCUGCUAGAUCAUUAUGCCAGGUAUUCAUCUGUGCCGCAGACAGAGACACAGCGCGACGCGGUGGUCUCCCACGCACUGCGCAUGAUCGAGUGCGAUACCAAGCUGAUGAACUCGCCUCUCACAAAAGGCUAUCACUGGUUCCUUCUUCUCCACUUCCCACUCCCUGCGUACUUUCACAUUGCUCAAGACCUGAAAAGGCGACCUACGGCAGGACACGCGGAAAGAAGUUGGACAGUUUUGAAUGAUAACUACGCCGCUCGCUUUGGGGCCAUGAAGAAAAUGAACCCAUUUUUUGAGAACCUUGCACGGAUUCUUCUACAGGCUUGGAAGGCACGGGAGGCGGUACCCAGAGACCAUGACAAGCCGCUGGAGCCACCAUACAUUGUGUCGGACGUGAGAUCCAAAAUGGGUCAGGGACCAAGCAGACAGGCAGGGAAUACUGAGCACUCUACUAGUGCAUCGACGGCGACUAUGAACGACAGUUCUAUGUCCACCUUCAUAGACAUUGGUGGUUAUGGGGUCCCGUACGGGCUGGAAGAACCAGGCUUUUUCGAUACGGGCUACCCGAGCACACAUCCUACCAUGGAUCUUGACUUGGACCAGCCCGUUUGGGCCUCCGUCGACUGGUAUUCGUUGCAAGGGCGAGGCUGGUAG